AUGCUGCUCAUGGAGGAGCUGCAGGCGAAGCGAGCCCUUUUUCAGGACUUCUCCCUCUUCCCCAACCUCAUGACCUACAGAUGCUCGUCUGCAAAUGCCAGGCUUCACCCCAGCAGCAAGCUGGCAACCGCAGAUAUGCCAUCGCCUCCUGCGAAGCUGGCGGCGAGUGGGAGCUGGCGCUGGACUGGGGAAAUCCACCUGGUUUUGGGUGUCCUGGUCCCUGGUCUUCUGGUGUCCUGGUCCCCGUGUCUCCUGGUCGCCUGGUCUCCUGAUCUCCUGGUCUCCUCCUGCUCUCCUGGUCUCCUGGUCUCCUGGUCCUUGGUCUCCUGUGACAUCAUGUCCGAGAUGCCGGAGGCGAAGAUCCAGCCGCGCGAGAUGAUUUAUAGCUCGGUGGCAGCGGCCUGCCGCGCAGGCGGCCACCCGGAGCUGGCAGACCAACUCCUGGCAGAGCUGAGGCCGGAGAUCGCCGGGCGAAGAUCGGGUGGCGUCGUCGUUUGGCGUCGGGCCCUUUGCCUGGGUGGACCAGUAAGGUUCUCAGCGGAUGGGCCGCUGCGCCUGGCCGCCUUGAGCAGUCCGCAGACCGUGCUCCUGUGCUUCGAUGUGGACGCGGAGCUCCUGUCUGGCCUUGUGGGUUUCGCUCUUUGCCGUACCACCCUGAAGGAGGGGAAGAACACCGGAGAGGUUUGGAUCGGCGACCCGCGGCGUGGCAGCUGGCGAGGAGAUGGAGCCAAGACGGCCGAGGCAGAUCGCCCAGCAGAGGAAGGCGCAGGAGAUGCCAGCCCGGAGGCCGAUGAGGAGGAGACGACUGCUCCAGGCGGGGGAUGGCAAAGGGCCCUGAGAUGUGCCAUCCGCGACUUCAAGUGGGGGGACUACACGGUGGAGCCUAACUCUCAGUACUCCUACACGCUCUACGCCGUGCGUGGGGAUGAAGAGCUUGGGGUGCAGGAUGCCCGAGACCAAGGUCCCUCCACGGCAGGGCCUGGGUUGCACGUGGCUGCUCAGGUGCAGUUGCAAGUGGACACGCAGGAGACUGAUGGUGACCAGGUGCACUUCAACCGGGGCGUGGCGGGGUCUCAGCGCUUCGCGCGCCUCGCCAUGGGCACCAAGGAGCAGGGCCCGAGGAGCUUGGAGCAGUGGCAGUGGCUCUCCCGGGGCUUGGAGGAGGCCAUGCUCGGCUUCAUCAAUCGGGCCGAGGAGGGCUGGUCCCUGCGCUGCGCCUUGUAUGAGGCGCACUACCCGCCUGUGAUGCGAGCCUUGUCUGCCGCCCGCAGGCGCGGUGCUUCGGUUCAGAUCGUGGUGGAUUGGAAGCAGGCUGCUUGGUCUGAGGACCGCAAGGUUUGGACACAGAAGGGGCCGCAACACCUGAACUACUGGGCCCUGGCUGAAGCGGGCCUCCUGGAUUCGGGGUGCGUGAUCUUCCGCAGGAAGCCGCCCUCCGCCAUCGGCCACAAUAAGUUCAUGGUCCUCAUGACGCCAGAUGGACUUCCAGUGGCAGUAUGGACCGGGUCCACGAACGUCACAGCAGGGGCCAUCUUCGGCCACUCCAACGUGGGGCACGUGGUAACGCAGCGCCCACUCUGUGAGAAGUACUGGGCCUACUGGCAAAGACUGGCCGAGGAUCCAGAGAAGAAGGACCUCGCUGCCUUCAAUGAGAAGCUGACCCCGCUGCCCAAGGAAGACUGGACGCGCCUUGUGCUUUUCUCCCCUCGGUUGCGCUGGGCAGAUUCCUUGGCCUUCAUCGCCCAGCUGAUUCUCAGAGCCAGGCACAGUGUCGCCUUCACUGCAGCUUUCGGCAUCAGUCGUGAGAUUUCGCCUGCAUUGCUGGCAGCGGGCAGCGAGGGCAUAGGCGCGGCGAUCCCGACCUAUUUGCUGUUGGAGAGCCAGGGGAACUGGCAAGCUUCCCGGGAGGCAGUUCAGCAGCUGCAACGCCUCAGCAACGUGCGGGUAGCUUUUGGCACGCACCUGGAGGCAGCCGGUGGGAGCAGUGGUGCCUGGGUUCCGGAGAAGCUGACCGGCCUCAAUGAGCACGUCCGCUACGUUCACACCAAGAUCUUGCUGAUCGACAUGUUUUCGGACCAGCCCAUUGCGCGGCUCCGGCAACUUCUCCCGUGCGUCCAUGGAAUCCAACGACGAGAACAUGAUUCUGGUGCGCGGGGAUCGGAACUUGUCGGAUGCCUACACGGUGGAGUUCUUCCGCAUCUUUGAGCAUAUGCGAUUUCGGAACGAAGUCGAAGGUCAUUUGAAGGCCCCCUGCGUUGCCAAAGACGCGCCGGCGAUGUGCAAGUGUGGCCAAGCGGCAGCCGAGCGCACAGUGAAAAAGGAAGGACCCAACACGGGGCGACGCUUUCGAUGCUGCGCCAACGGCCCCAAAGAGGCCUGCAAGUUCUUCGCAUGGGUGGACGAGGAAUCGAGCGAGGAGCCCGAGGAGGCCCCCUGGCCACAGCGCGCGGAGCGGGGCUUCCCGCAGCUGGAGCGCCGCCUUUUCUCCGGCCUGUGGCGGAAGGAGCAGCCGGACUCUGCGCCCAGGCCAACUGUGGAGGCCGUGGCCAGCGAGGACGAGGAGUGUGCCUCCUUCUACUCUGCGGAGUCUGACAUGCUGGAGGCCAUGGAUGCCGUGGGCGUGAGCGAAACGGCAGCGGAGCUGGAGAGGCCCAGUGAGAGGCCCAGCACACUUGUCCCUGUGCGGGAGAUGGCUCAGAAGCUGCUCACGGUGGAGCCCAACAAGAAGGGCGGCAGCGCUGAGUUUCGGGAUCUCAGCAGCGCGUUGGUAGAGAUGGUCGUCCAGCGAGAGCCGAUUCUGGACUGCUUGCAUGAGAUGAACCUCAAAUUCCUGGCCAAGACGAAGGCAACCUGGAGACCUCAGCUGAAGCAGGCCAUGGAUCUCAUCGGCUGAGAAGAACCCCGAUCGCUUUUCUCGCGGCGCAUUCAUGCAGAGUGCUGCGAGG